UAGAGGGAGGUGGGCCAGAAACACAGACACAAGCACACCCACACUACAUACCCCGCCCUUUCCCCCAGCUAGCUUCCUGCUCUGCUAGGACAGAACAGCUAGGGAAAGAACGAGGAAGAGAAAAGAGGAGCGAGAAGGAGCACAGAAAAGAGGAGAGAAAAAAGAGAAAAUAGAUGAUCAUACAGAAGUGAAACUUUGGAUUCAGUGCUUGGAAAAAGGAGGCCAAGCCACUGUAACAAGGUCUCGCUGUGGUUUGCUACCUUCCCACAUUCACUGCUCACCAGCAUAUAAAGAGCUCCCUUGGGAGUGUGAAAGGAGUCAAGGGAAGAGAAGGGAGAGCUUUUGGUAGCGUCUCUUUCUCAGGUCAGGGAGAGGAAGGCAAGGAAUAUAUUCAAAAGAGGCUUACAGAUAGUUCCUUGGGAUGAAGAGAGAAGGCAAGAGAAUAUAUCGGCUGGUACUGGCUCCAGAAGGCUCUCUCUGAUCUCUGUUUCCCCAGCUGCCCAGCCUUCUCCCACUGCCUGCCAUCACCAUCCACAUCACCAUGUGGGUAGAGUCACAUUGGAGAGGCAUCCGCCAAGCUCUGUUGUUUGUCUUCACUGCUGCACUUCUCACUGGGGUCACCAUGCUGGCUAUCUCCUCUACCAUCAACCCAGUGGGAUUCUUCUUCCUGGGGGUGGGGGGCAUGUGCCUGAUUGGCUACCUGCUGAGUGUGUUUGUGGAAUGCUUCCUGAAGCAUCGGCACCCACAGGAUACAAAUCAGGCAGCCACAAGGAGGCAGAGCCAGGCAGGGGUGAAUGCUGCCUAUGAAGCACCAGCCUAUGAGGAGGUGGUGACAAUGACACCAGCCCCAACAGUCUGGACGAUCACCUCCAAUUCAGGCACAGUGCCCUCAACAGUGGGGGAGCCCCCACCAUACAGUGUGGUCAUUGAGCCGCCCAGCAUGGCAGAAACUGGGGCGGAGACCUUCAGCAUCUCAGUGGCAUCAGGCAUCAGGCGUGCCUCUGAGACAGACGCAGGCUCCAGGUUGCACCUUAGGUUGGUGCUGCCCCCGAGGAUGCAGCGCUUUGUCUCAGAUAUCCAUGACGUCAAAGGUGUUGAAGAGAGGCUGGAGCGGCUGGAGCCACUCACCCCACCACCUGCUUAUGAGAGUCCCACUGAUGAUGAUGUCUUUGCAGAAGCUUUCCAACCCUCAAGACAAUGAUUAAAAACAGACAGAGCCUGCUUGUUGUGGAUGAGGCACAAAACCUAUCUAGUAUCACCACAAACUGGAGAAAGGGGGUCAGUGCUGCGGGCCAUGUCAUGGAAGCACCAAAGGGUCCACAAUGGAGGAUGUGGGGCAAAGAUGGAACAUUGAGCCCACAUAUUUGCCAACAUCCUGGAUCAUUCCUUAGAUUUCAUGCUGUCUUGGCAUCUUCCUCAGAAAUUAAGUUUUGGGUUUUUCCAGAAACAAUACAAUAACUGAUGGGCUGUGAGUUAGAAACUAUCCCUUAAAGUGGGUUGUUCAGAAC